AUGUACGUGGUUAAGAGGGAUGGGCGCCAAGAACCGUUGCAAUUAGACAAGAUUGCUGCCCGUCUACAGAGGUUUAGUUAUGGGCUCAAUGCCGCGCACUGUGACCCGGUGCUCGUGGCACACAAGGUCUGUGCUGGGGUCUACAAUGGAGUCACCACCACACAACUUGAUGAGUUGGCUGCUGAGACUGCGGCGGCUAUGGCUACAAACCACCCUGAUUAUGCUUUGUUGGCAGCUAGGAUCUCUAUUUCGAAUCUGCAUAAGAGUACAAAGGAGUCAUUUUCGGAAACGAUUCGAGUCAUGUACAACUUCUUUGAUAAAAGGUCUGGGAAGAAGGCUCCUCUGGUUGCUGAUGAUGUUUAUGAAAUAAUUAUGAAGAAUGCUUCACGCCUGGACAGUGAGAUCAUUUAUGAAAGAGACUUUGAUUAUGACUACUUUGGUUUUAAAACUCUAGAGAGGUCCUACCUUUUAAAGGUAAAUGAGAAGAUUGUGGAAAGGCCGCAGCACAUGUUGAUGAGGGUUUCUGUUGGUAUACACAAGGAUGACAUCGAGUCUGCUCUCCAAACCUACCAUUUGAUGUCCCAGCGUUGGUUCAUUCAUGCUACUCCGACCCUUUUCAAUGGAGGAACUCCACAGCCCCAAUUGAGUAGCUGCUUCCUUAUGUGCAUGAAAGACGACAGUAUUCAAGGAAUUUUUGAUACAUUGAAGGAAUGUGCCAUUAUUAGCAAAUCAGCUGGAGGGCUUGGUAUCUCCAUUCAUAAUAUUCGUGCAACAGGUAGCUAUAUUCGUGGGACAAAUGGUACUUCAAAUGGUAUUGUGCCUAUGCUUCGAGUGUUUAAUAGCACUGCUCGUUAUGUUGAUCAAGGGGGAGGCAGAAGAAAGGGUGCUUUUUCCAUAUAUUUGGAGCCAUGGCAUGCUGAUAUAUUUGAUCUUCUAGAUCUUAAAAAGAACCAUGGCAAGGAAGAACAUCGGGCUCGAGAUCUAUUUUAUGCUCUCUGGAUUCCUGAUCUCUUCAUGGAAAGAGUCCAAAAUGAUGGGCAAUGGUCUUUGUUUUGUCCAAAUGAGGCUCCUGGCUUAGCUGAUCUUUGGGGAGAAAAUUUUGAGAAGUUGUACACCCAAUAUGAGGACGAGGGUAAGGCAAAGAAGGUUAUCCCUGCUAGGAAACUGUGGUUUGAGAUGUUAAAUUCGCAGAUUGAAACAGGAACUCCAUUUAUGCUUUUCAAGGAUUCUUGUAAUAGGAAAAGUAACCAGCAGAAUCUGGGUACCAUCAAGUCUUCAAAUCUUUGCACUGAAAUUAUUGAGUUCACAAGUCCAACAGAAACUGCAGUUUGUAAUUUGGCAUCCAUUGCAUUACCCCGAUAUGUCAAGGAAAAGGUGUCUAUUGACACAAACUCUUGUAAGAUGAUUGGAUCUAGAGAUUCAAAGAACCGGUACUUUGAUUUUGACAAACUAGCCGAGGUUACUAAAAUAGUUACUGCAAAUCUCAACAAAAUAAUUGAUGUCAAUUACUACCCCAUUGAAACUGCAAAGAGGUCAAAUUUACAGCACAGACCUAUUGGUAUUGGAGUUCAGGGUCUUGCAGAUACUUUCAUUCUUCUUGGCAUGCCAUUUGAUUCGCCAGAGGCCCAACAGCUAAACAAAGACAUUUUUGAAACUAUUUACUAUCAUGCAUUGAGAGCUUCUACUGAUUUGGCCGCAUUAGAUGGUCCCUAUGAGACAUAUCAUGGCAGUCCUGUGAGCAGGGGAAUUUUGCAAGUUGACAUGUGGGAUGUAACACCAUCAGAUCGAUGGGACUGGGGUGCUCUUAGGCAAAUGAUCUCAAAAAAUGGACUGAGGAAUUCCCUUCUUGUAGCACCUAUGCCAACCGCUUCAACCAGCCAGAUUCUUGGUAACAAUGAGUGCUUUGAGCCUUAUACAUCCAACAUAUAUAGUCGCAGAGUUUUAAGUGGCGAAUUUGUUGUAGUGAACAAACAUCUACUUCAUGAUUUAACGGAAAUGGGUCUUUGGUCUCAUGCUGUUAAGAGCAAAAUAAUUUAUGAGAAUGGCUCGAUCUCAAACAUCCCUGAGGUUCCUGAGGAGUUGAAAGCUAUUUACAAGUCUGUCUGGGAAAUCAAGCAGAAGACCUUGGUUGACAUGGCUGCUGAUCGUGGGUGCUACAUUGAUCAGAGUCAGAGUCUGAAUAUUCACAUGGAUCAACCUGACCUUGGAAAGCUUACGUCCCUGCACUUCUAUGCGUGGUCUAAGGGUUUGAAAACGGGAAUGUAUUAUCUAAGAACACGAGCUGCAGCGGAUGCUAUCAAAUUCACUGUUGAUAUCUCUGCGCUUAAUAACGAUAAUAAUAACAAGGUGGAUGGUGAUGUUAAUGCUGAUAUGCCAGAAGUUUGUUUUCUGCAGAAUCGAGAGGAGUGCAUGGCUUGUGGAAGUUAA